AUGAGCCAGAUCCUGACCCCUCGGCAGGCUGAGGAGCUGCACAAAGCCAUCAUUGCAUACCUCUCUUCGAGCAACCUACCAAAUGCUGCAAAUGCCCUCAGGGAAGAGCUGCAGAUCGGCGACUCAUUUGAUGCUGCCACCUCAAAGAAGUAUGAAGGCCUGCUGGAAAAGAAAUGGACCAGUGUAGUGCGCCUGCAGAAGAAGAUCAUGGAGCUCGAGUCUCGAACCGCUUCUCUGCAAUCAGAAAUCGAUAACGCUACACCGACCUCGCUAUCCCGACGAAACCAAGAUCCCACCAGCUGGCUGCCCCGUUCUCCCGCCCGACACACCCUUCAAUCCCAUCGCGAUCCCAUUACCUGCGUAGCGUUCCAUCCCGUAUUUUCGUCCCUUGCCUCGGGUUCAGAGGACUACACUAUCAAGAUUUGGGACUGGGAAUUGGGCGAGCUGGAGAGGACCAUCAAGGGACAUACGAAGGCGGUGUUGGACGUCGAUUUUGGAGGCCCACGCGGUGCUACCCUGCUCGCAUCUUGCUCAAGCGACUUGACGAUCAAGCUAUGGGAUCCCUCAGACGAGUACAAAAACAUCCGAACGCUGCCUGGCCACGACCACAGCGUCAGUGCAGUGAGAUUCAUCCCUUCGGGAGCGGCAGGCGCCACAGGCAACCUCCUCGUUUCGGCGAGUCGCGAUAAGACACUGCGCAUCUGGGACGUAUCCACGGGCUACUGUGUCAAGACACUACGGGGACAUGCGGACUGGGUACGAGACGUCUGCCCGUCGCCGGACGGCCGUUUCCUUCUAUCGGCCGGAAACGACCAGACGGGCCGGCUUUGGGACAUUAGCGUCGCCAAUCCCGAAGUGAAGUUGAUGCUGGUUGGCCACGAACAUGUUGUCGAAUGUUGCACACUCGCACCGCCUUCCUCGUACAGCCAUUUGGCGACGCUUGCAGGCCUCAAGAAGCCACCGCCAGCGACAAAUACCGCCGAGUUCAUGGCAACAGGAAGUCGUGACAAGGCCAUCAGGUUAUGGGAUGCCCGAGGAAACUGCAUCAAGACUCUUACUGGCCACGACAACUGGGUGCGCGCUCUGGUCUUCCAUCCUGGAGGCAAGUACCUACUCAGUGUGUCCGAUGAUAAGACAUUACGAUGCUGGGACCUGGCCCAGGAAGGCAAAUGCGUCAAGGUGCUCGACGACGUACACGGCCACUUCGUCUCUUGCUUGCGCUGGGCACCUGGUAUCGUGCGGGAGGCAGCAACAAAUGGCGACGGAGCUAACGGCGCCAACGGAACACCAAGCAAGGCAGCAGCGAAGCCGCAGGAUGUCCAGAUUCGCUGUGUCAUUGCAACAGGAAGUGUCGACCUAAACGUGCGUAUCUUUGCCAACUGA